AUGGUCGAUGCUCUUCUCGCACACAUGAAAAGCAUCGGGGAGUUCUUGCAGCACACCAACAACAUGGCCCCUGAUGUGAAAGAGAGGAUCGCACAGAACCAGCUCGACCAGCUCUUGCACAGGCUAAGUCUCAUCAAUGUUUUGACUACAGAGCAGGCGACAACUUUGUCCGGCCACUUUGAAGGCAGCUGCUUCAGCGACAGCCAUCGGGCGACAUGGGUUGAAGCAGUCUCAUCGAAGAUCGCUGCCGGCAACCGAAGCUCUGGCAGGAAGCCGAACCAGGUGUUGCUCCAUUUCGGUGCCUACCUCACCCCCAGCGAAGUCCAGUUGCUGCAAGGCGACGGCAACGUGGCUGUCAAGCUGGAAGCCCUCGUGAGCCGGUGCAUCAUGAUCGGAUUGACAAACCCGACCGAACAGACGAUCGGCCACGUGAUUACUUCAGGAAAGCAGCAUGGGAUCGUCUGUUCACAGACGGAAUCCUUCGACCUGGUUCAAGAGUUCAAAAGGCUCUUGAAAAAUAAGAGGAAAAGUGCACCUUCGUUCACCCUGCACUUGCAGCACUACCCCGCCGACCCCAUGCAUCUGCCCACGGAAAUCUUGAACUCCGCAUACACCGCCGAGCAGCCCAUGCCGCUGCAGCAAGUCGUGCUUGCACAUGGGAGUGCCCAGUCGCAAGUCGUGCUCCGCCGAAGCAGCAAAGUGGUGAGAGACACUUUGCCGGCGAGGCAGGCAUCGCAAUCUGCCAACAUGUUCGGUACCCCGGAUGCUGCAAGGACCAUGUUCGGCAUGAUGCAAAUGUUGAUGGGGAAUGCAGGCAUGCAGCAGGGCAGUGGCCAGAGCUCGGGUUUGCAAAAUUUGCACAUCUUUGGUACGAGGUCGAGUGGUUCGCAGGCCAGCCAGCAGCAACCGAAUGCAUCGUCAAGUGCAGGAUUGCAUGAACAACAGGCUCUCCAGUUGCCUGCCUCGACAAGUGCCGGCACGGGUCAGCAGGCGGCUCUGACGAGUGGCCUGCCGUCGUCGUCGAUUGGGUUGCCGAACACUAGCCAGCCAGCAGGGAAUCCGGCCAGCAACACAUUUCAGACGGAGUUGCCCAUGGAUGAGCCACUCGCCAAUGACCUCAUGGGGGAGGUGGACAAGUCCACCAAUAUCGUGACGGAGGCUUUGGACACGAAGAAGAAGCCAAAAGCCUAUAUCCUGCCCAGCAAGCCGGAGUUAUAA